AUGUCCUCCGUUAAGAUCGAGUGCGUUGCCAACGAUGGCUACAGGCUCCCGGGGGGGCCCCGCCUGGUCUGGGACGAGAGGGAAAGCACGCUCGUCUACGUGGACAUCACGGGCAGAAAGGUGUGCCGCUGGAGCUCGGUCACCAAGCAAGCGCAGGCCGUCUCUGUGGAUGCUCCCGUCAGCUCCGUGGCUCUCCGGAAGUCUGGGGAUUACGUCAUCACCCUGGGAGCCAGGUUUGCUACUUUGAAAUGGAAAGAGCAGCUAGUAACCACCAUUGCUCACGUGGACAAGGACAAACCGAACAACCGAUUCAAUGAUGGGAAAGUAGAUCCUGCAGGGAGGUAUUUCGCAGGUACGAUGGCUGAGGAGAUUCGACCUGCCGUGCUGGAAAGACACCAGGGCUCUCUGUAUACGCUCUUCUCCGACCUCUCAGUGGUGAAGCACUUUGAUCAGGUGGACAUUUCUAAUGGGCUGGACUGGUCGCUGGAUCACAAAACCUUCUUUUACAUUGACAGUUUGUCCUACUCGGUGGAUGCUUUUGAUUAUGACCUCCAAACUGGAAAAAUUGGCAACCGUAGGAGUAUAUACAAACUGGAAAAAGAGGAGAAUAUUCCUGAUGGGAUGUGCAUUGAUACAGAAGGCAAACUCUGGGUAGCUUGUUACAAUGGUGGGAGAGUAAUUCGUCUUGACCCUGAGACAGGUAAGUUCUUGCAAAGG